GAACUUUCAAACGGGGCAGACAGACACAGACGGCGUGGAGCUUUGGGAAAACCUCUUGAACCGAUCAGUUUUGGGGAAAUAUCCUUCACCACAGCUUGUUGGCCUCUUUUCUUCUCACCUCCUCCUCCUCUCAGACCUCCAUGCUUUGUCUUGGGAUUUGCUCCUCAAAUCCAUCAAACCCGUGUCCUGAUCUCUCUCCAUCAUCUGAAGCUUUUGAGACAUUUGCAGAUCUCUGUCCACAUCUUGUUCUGGAAUGAAUCUAAUUGAGGCAAGUUUGUCCAGAGAGACUCCUCUGCGUCCCAGAAGCGUGUCCCUGGGGGGUCCCUGGAGCUCCCGGACCCCCAGUCCUGCUUCUGACUCGGAACGUGGUUUUGAUGAGUCUCCCUCCAGGGAUGGUUCCUCUCAGAGUCUUCGGACUGGGAACAUGAGGCAAACUGAGCAGAGGAUUUCGCUCAUGUCCAGUUCUGGGGGACAGAGGCCGGACGCAGUCCAGGCGGACGGCGCCGCAGCUGAAGCCAAGGCUGUGGGCAGCGACCAGCGGAUCCGCAGGCCCAUGAACGCCUUCAUGGUGUGGGCCAAGGACGAGCGGAAGCGACUGGCCCUGCAGAACCCGGACCUGCACAACGCUGUGCUCAGCAAGAUGCUCGGCCAGUCGUGGAAGGCGCUCGGCGCCACAGACAAGCGGCCGUUUGUGGAGGAAGCUGAACGUCUCCGCAUCCAGCACCUCCAGGACCAUCCCAACUACAAGUACAGGCCCCGCCGCAAGAAGGCCACCAAGAAGCUCAAACGGGUGGAGCCGGGCCUGCUGCUGCACAGCAUAGCUCAGGGCAGAGCGCCGGGCCUGGGCCUUGGACCCGGCGCCAGUCCCCUGGGUUCAGACAGCCUGGCUGGGAGUCCUGCGUAUGGACACGCUGGCAUCCACCACCCACACCACCUGCUGCCCCCUCUGGGCCACUUCAGGGACCUCCACCUUCCAGGAAACCCAGAACUUGAAUGCUACGGACUGCCCACGCCGGAGAUGUCGCCUCUGGAUGUGCUGGAGGAUGGAGCUGCAGAGUCUGUGUUUUUCCCUCAUCAUAUGCAGGAGGAGGUGGGGAUGGGAGGCUGGAGUGGCUACCACCUCCACCCUCCUAACCAGCACUACAGCCAUCACUACAACAACAGUCAGCACAGCUCCGUUCACGGGGCGGCUGCACACGGUCAGGGUUCGGCCACUUUGAGCACCAGAAUUGACUCUAGGAUGAGUUCUGCUGAGUCAGGUUUGGGCUCCGUCACCUCAUUUCUAGCCGGUUCUACCAACUCAAGACUAAAUCCAUCUCACGUCUCCAAUCAUCAUGUUGCAUUAAGGAGCCCUGUGAAGUGUUUAGCUCCUUUACCUGAUGCCCCCUCCGCUUCUUCGUACUCUCAGCCCACCAUCAGUCUCUCUGAACAAAUCAAACACCAGCCGGGCCUGAGCUCUGGGCCCGUGGGCUACUUUGGUCAGGUCUAUGGGGGUGGGGGCCCAAACACGGCUAACUUCAGCUAUUCUCACCUGGGGCAGCUUUCACCUCCUCCAGAAACGUCUCCUUCCUCCUGCUCAUCCUCCAUCGCUCCAUCCACCUUCCUUUCCACUGAGCACAUGGACCCUUCACACUCAGACUCCUCCAGCCACUUGGGCUCUUCAUCAGCAGAGUUUUGGUCUGAGGUGGACAGGCAUGAAUUUGACCAGUAUGUUAAUAUGGGCAGGAAUCGAGACGAGGCCUUUGGACUCGGUGGGAGCUGUGGGUGUGGGUCCAAAGUCCUGGGCAACAGUCACAGUAAUAACGGUGUAAUAAGCGUCAUUAACAGGGAUGUCAGCAGCAUCGUUGGUGCUGGUGAGUGUGACGAUGGCAGCAGCACCCUCAUCUCUGCUCUGUCUGACGCCAGCAGCGCCGUCUAUUACAGUGCCUGCAUUACAGGGUAGAACCUCUGCAGCCUGUACAGUUGGCUUGGAUUCGUUUGAAUCUGUGAUGUGGUUAGAAAGUUGUAUGUUAGUAGCUUUACUUUGACGCAUAUGAUUGGUGGAACACAUUUUUAGAUCCAGUCUUCCAUAGACAUAAGUUGUGUGCUGGUCAAGUUACACCAUGGAGGCUAAUAUGUGCUGGGUAAACUGUGAUUGGACCUGGUUCUGGAGCUGUGUUCCACUUGUCACCGUGUGGAACGAUGAAAACCUUUCAGAGGAAUCAGACGUUUUAACUCAUCUCAUUUCAUUUCCACUAUUUCAUCUCAGGACUAAAUAUUUAUGUCUGAACUGCAUCACAUUCAUCUCAAAUAAGUUGGAAUUUACAGAAUAAAGAACAAACUCAAACGUUGAGCAGAAAGAUUUGAUGGGAGAGACUUGAUUCUGCCUCCAAAUAUUUCUCAUGGUGUCGCUAAGAAAACGAGGGUGUUUGUUUGUUUGCUUGUUUCUUUGUUUCUUUGUUUGUUUGUUUUACCAUGAUGCUGUACAUAUCAAUUCUUCUCAGUCUCAGUCCAAGACAGAGUCUGACAUAUCAAACAGGUUCCUUAAUCAACGUCUCAGUUGAAUCUAGUAAACAAAUGUAAAUACAGUAUUUUCUCUCUCAGAUACUGGAAUCAUUAUUGAUUUUAUUAAUUUAGAUUUAUUUAUUGUUCAAUUUUUGGACCUUUAUGUCCAUGUGAGCCAGCGUUUCUCCUCUGUCCCCUGCGUAAAAACUCAAACCAUCAACCUAAUUGAACGGAGGUGUUCUUGUGGCCGAUCCUGUGGCUGAUGCAGCUACUUCCUGUUCAUGUCGCUGCUGGGCCACUGAGCAGCGUGUGAGCGGGAAACGGAGACUAUGAAAUAAACGUUCUCUUUGCACUGAACUGAGGAUUUAAAACCAAGCGUGUUUGUACAGAAAUGACUCUGAUAUUUGUUUUUAUUCUGUGAAUCUUACUUUUAGGACGUUUUACUUUGAAAACAUCUCCGUUUGCUACGUUUUCUAGCCUCAUUCACUCUCUCUGUCGCCUCUGAGGCUUCUGUGACGUCGUGAUUUGACCCAUUCCUUAGUCUUUUGUCUUCGUUGUCCUGAGCCUGAUAUCUGUCUCCUCCUACUUGCAGUCUUCCAAUGCUGGGUAAUUGCUUCCCGACUCCGGCUCAAUGCUUCCCCACAUGUGUCCCAGUGUUUAUUCUCUUAAUGUUGAGUCCCGUACAUUCAUUGGAGCUCUGUGUCAGUUCACAACCAAACUGUAAACUAAGUUGUGAUUGUAAAGGUCAAUAAAGGUCUUUUUAGAAACGUGACACCAGCUAAUUAAAGGUUCUGUCCACACUUGUUGUCGGCUGGAAAUGAAAAUAAGCUGAAGCGACGUUGGUGUCGUUCUGUAGCUGUUUAUGUAGCAUCGAUCCUGUUUCGUCGUUGAGGAUUUAUCCAGCAUCUGUUCCACAUUAGCUCACAGACAAUACUUUAAAAAAUGUUUUACAUGAAACAGUAGAAGAAAAUGGAUCUUGUUGUAGAGUGAAGGCUUUUUAUUCACCACACGAUUCUGCGGCCGCUGCUGGUUGAAAACUGAGCGAGGCUCCACUUCUCCAAGCGUUUCCGCCGAAGCAGCAACAUAUUAAAACAUCCACUCGUACAUCUGCAUUUGACAUUCUUUUCUGUUGACACCAAACAGAGUCUUGUUUCCAUUUUAAUUUACUGUGACACAGAGAACAUCAGAGAAAGUCGUGCAAUAACUCUGGGCCUUUUGGUAAUAAUUAUGUGAAAAAGCAGAGAAACGACGCCCACGACUUUGGGAUUAAAACAAAGGGCAAUUUCUUGACACUCGUAUAACGACAAAUUAAAACCAGGGUUUCCCAGAAGUGUCACUGCGAUGCUUCUAAAGCUGUCAGACAGAGGUUAGAGUCAUUUUUAUAUUUUCUAUAUCUAGAAAAUUGCUUUGUUUUUGCCUUUCUUUGGAAAAACGUGGAUAUGAAUCUGUGUUUUGUAAACCUUUCCUACAAAUAAAGAUUGUGCGGGUGUGAAGCUGGUUUGCUUGUUUCUGGAACGAGGCGUCCCACCUGAGGACUGGCUGCGGUGAGGAGCUGAACGGUUCAACGCCUUGUGUUGGCUUCCAUCCUUAAUGCUUGAUGCUUGAAGUAUCUCUGCGGUAUCUGAUUAAGUCGUGGUUGUGGUUUAACACCACCCCCCCUGUUUUCACUGGACUUUCACUCUUUUCAGCAGCCUGCACUUGUUUGUCAUGUUGUCUCUGCUCCUGUUCACUGGAUGAGAAAGUGAUUCCUGCUCUCUGCUUCUUCAGGGCAUUUUACACCUUUGUGUGGUUGUUUGUCCAGUUAAGUUAAGUUUUAUUUCACAAAGGGAAGAUUCUAAACUCAAUCACAGCCUUGAACUUUUGGACUCCUCAGAUGCUUCUUACAUCCUGUGCUGUUGUCUGUAGCUGCUGCUCUGAACAGGUUAAAUCCUCCUCCUGCUCAGUGCUCGUGUUAAACGCUUCCUCCUCUUCACUGCUCCACAUUCGCAGAAAUGCAGAUGUGCAUGUGUAGAACAUAACCCGAUCAGCCCGCUGGCUUUGGCUCCUUCGCUCCUGGAGGACGGUUCAGGUCCUGGAGCAGUCGGUUUAGUUUGUUUCCACCAGAUGAACUGAGCUGCACCAAGAAAAUGGACUUGACUUUGAGUUUGUGGUUCUUUGAGCUGAUGUUUCACGACUAUGAUGAUGAUGAUGAUGAAACCUGAACCUGGAAUAAGUUGAUGUCCCGAGUCAGAGAAUUCAUGCAUUUUUAUGAGCUACAAAACCAGAUGUUUGCUCUUGGAAGAGGAGCUGCCAACAACACGACUGUAGUCCAUUAAAGUCUGAUUGCUGGUUGUUUGGUGCAGUGUGAAAGCUGCCUUGUUUGAGUCCAGGUCCAGAUGAGACGGCAAACAGGUUUGGCUUGGUGGGACAGUUCUAUUAACCCAGAACCAGAGAGAGACCCAGAGGAAACAUUUGGAGCUGUUCUCUCCCUUGUGUUUUAUUCGCUCUCAGGCAUUUUAUACCACGUUUCUUCUCUUUCCCACAAGUUUAAUUUAUGCCCCAUGUUUUGUUCUCUUCUUCUCUUGUUUCCUAAUGUCUCAUUCUUUUUUUUCACCAUUACAUGCUUUCAUGUAGUUAAAUAGCUUUCAUGCGUAAAUUCACCUUUUAGUCGUUUACAUUUGUAAAGUUCCUGAAGUGUUUUGAUUCAUUUUUAAAUGAGGAUUUUCUCCCCUUCAAGGUGUCAUGAAGGAGCAGAAAUUCAAGUUCUGACUGAGUUCAACAUUAUUCCUGUUUUCUUUUAUUUUGUUAGUCCCUCUGUUUCACUCCAUAGUUUCCCUACCUUUCUCCCCUGAUGUGCACAUUUUUCAUUAAAGUCACUAAUGAU